UCCGGAUAACAACACGAUCGCUUCCUUACAGACCAACGUGGUUACAACUAGUUCUCAGUCAGUCUUCAUUCAGGUCAAAUGGUAAUAAUCCGUUUGCGUGCUAAAAAAAAUUGAUAUUUGACUAACAUUGCGUUUGGCGUUUUAAAGGACUUUAUUGAACGCCCCAAUAUGGGGUUAUUCAAUAAUGUUUCUAAGCACAGGUUGCUAUUUAUGAGGAUGUGGAGAUUUCCCAAGGUUGUGGACUCCUACUUUGCCUACCAUAAGGACAACAGAGUGAACAAUUUCAAGACGCCCAGCAAGUCUAAAAUGUCAGGAGGAAGGCUUCCUAAUGAUCAAGCAUUGCCAAAUAAACGUAAUAAUCAAAGACGGAUAUCGUCAGAGCUUCAGAAGCUGGCUGUGGAGGACUCGUCUACACAGUGGGAAAAGACUGGGAGACUCAAGCCACCUAUGGAGUCUUCAAACCAGCAUGAGAUUGUCUUUGGAGUCGCUCCUUGUCACCUGGCUCUCACUCAGACUCGCCGGAAGGCCCUGAAGCUAUUCGUGAAAGACGGGGAGGCCUUGCACAGGUCAUCGCUCCACAAGGUUUACGAGGAGGCUCACCGGCGUCAAGUUCCGAUCCAGCGGGUCAGUAAGAAAGACCUGGAUAGAAUGGUUUUGGGUCGGGUUCAUCAAGGAGUUUGCCUGCAAGCUACUCCAUUGAGCUACCUGACUGAAGACUCGGCCCCGAGUUCAAAGUCCACAUCUCUCUGGCUAGUCCUGGACGGGAUUCAAGACCCGAUGAAUCUUGGAGCCAUCUUGCGCUCUGCGUAUUUUCUUGGCGUGGACCGGGUGGCCAGCAGCAUCCGUAACAGCUGCCCUUUGACCCCAGUGGUGAGCAAGGCCAGCGCCGGCAUCAUGGAAGUGAUGGGCGUGUACGGGUACAAAGACCUGGAGGACAUGGUCCGGGUCAAGACGGCGCAAGGCUGGCGGGUAGUCGGUACCGUGGCGGCCGAGGCGCCGGAAUCCAACGUUCCCGUCAUGCCGUGUUCGGACUUCCGAAUGACCGCGCCGACCUUGCUCCUGAUUGGAGGAGAGGGUGAUGGAUUGUCCCGGAAGCUUUUGGGUUUGUGUCAGACGCUUGUGACCAUUCCAGCUGGGAGACAGCUUCUACCUGGCAUAGAGUCGCUCAACGUGUCUGUGGCCACUGGGAUUCUACUGCACUCGCUUUUGGCUUCCAUCAGGAACUGACACUGCAGUUUUCACGAUUUAAAAUUGGUCAUUUUAACAUUUACCUGGUAUAAAGCACAUGCCUGGUGUCUGUUAUCUUUAUAAUGGUUAUGCAAGUGGUAAACAUUUAUGGCAGUGGGUUAAGUAAGGACUUAAGAACAUUUUUUUUUUUAACAGUUUGCCUCAGAUUUUAAAACAUCCAGUUAAGAUCGUGUCGAAUUCUACGGAGACUGGCGGAGCACUCACUGUCAGUUAAAAGAUGGCUUAUUUGACGUGUACACAGAAAAAACAUUUGACAGAGGACAAGCUUACCGAGUUCUCGACCAUACUGUUGUCAGCCAUGUCUGCAGAUACCGUAAAAAAGAAUGCAACAGAAACUCUGCAAUAGAAACUCGGCAGCAAACUGUCUGUACAACCCACACGAACAAGAAGGUCAAAUCAAAGCCACGCUUUAAAAAAGGGUAAGUAGUCACAUGAUCUUGUUGCGUGCUGGUUUAAUGACAAAGACUACCAUCAAGGCGAAAUGUCACUAAGUGCCAAUCAAAGGAGUUUAUCCAAAACACGAGAUCAACAAAUAGAAGAGGAUGGCAAUGUGAUAACAAUGAUGGCUAAAGACAAAUAAAUACUUUGUGCUUCUGAA